AUGGAUGCACUAGGAUUGAUCGAGCUACACUCAAGUCCGAAUGCAGUCCAUGAGGAUUCUAGUAUCUGGUAUGCCAUAGUUGAAGAAUUAGCUGGAUUUGGAGCAACCGUACAUACAUGUUCCAGGAAUGAAGCAGAGCUUAACAAAUGCCUGGAACAAUGGAAAAGUGUGAACAUUCGUGUCACCGGAUCAGUUUGCGAUGUCUCUUCCCGAGCCCAAAGAGAGAAACUAAUGGACGGUGUCCGUUCCAUUUUCCAGGGGAAGCUCAAUAUCCUCGUAAGUUUGGAUUGUGGUGCCCCCACCUACAUUAACAAUGCAGGGGCGGGCAUUGUGAAGCCAGCUAUGGAUUUCACUACUGAAGAGUAUUCCUUUCUCAUGGCUACCAACUCAUCUUUCCAUCCGAGCCAACUAGCUCAACCUCUUCUGAAGGCAUCAGAGGCAGGCAACAUCGCCUUCAUCUCCUCAAUCGUAGGUGUUGUAGGUGUUGGAAUUUGA